AGAGAAAGAGAUAUUUCCACAGGAGGCACAACUGCUUCCACAUCCCUCCUCAGAGCUAUCCCUUGACUUGGGGGUGAAUUUCAGGCCAACAGGGCUGCCUGGGAUACAAGAGCGUUCUCCAUGGAUCUUCCUUACUACCACGGCCCUCUGACCAAGCGAGAUUGUGAAACCUUACUGCUCAAGGAAGGGGUGGAUGGCAACUUUCUGUUAAGAGACAGCGAGUCGAUACCAGGAGUCCUGUGCCUCUGUGUCUCGUUCAAAAAUACUGUCUACACAUACCGAAUCUUCAGAGAGAGACAUGGGUAUUACAAGAUACAGGCUGCAGAAAAUGUUCCAAAACAGGUCUUUCCAAACCUAAAGGAACUGAUCUCCAAAUAUGAAAAACCAAAUCAGGGGCUGGUGGUUAGCCUUUUAAAGCCAAUAAAGAGAACCAGCCUCAGCUUGAGAUGGAGAGAAACGAAAUUGGAGUUGGAAACAUUUAUGAACAGUAACAGUGAUUAUGUGGAUGUCUUGCCUUCAAGUUAAGGCUGCUGGACAAAGCAAGUUGAAGAGAUGGGUGACAGGUCUCACUGGUGACCACUUCUGCAGGCAUAGGUCCAAAGCACCAAACUCUAGUGGACAAUUAGACUCUCUUGGUCGUGUACCUGAAGAUGUUCUGCUCACCAGCAUCAGAGGGCACUCUCCCUAUCCCUGCCUCCCAGACAUGCACCAGAGCAAUUUCAAAGCCCUCUCCAUUUUCACUCUUCUUUCUUGGAAUGGGACAGCUUGAACCUUUUCCCGAUGACUUGUUAAAAGUAUCACCCUACAUCAUGGCUGACACCCUCCUUCAGACCAUGCAGUCAAAGGAGCAGCUUCAUCCAGAAGAGGGCACACUUGCCUGUGAGUUUGAAGCCCUGAACUCCAGUCCUGUGGCUGUGUGACUUUGAACAGGUUUCUUCCCACCUCUAGGUCUUAGUUUCUUUGUCUAUGUGUUUCGUGGGAUGAUAGACACUGCCCCAGGCUCUCUGUUGAGCCUGCUUGUGUCAGGUGAUGGUGAGGGAUCGGGAGUGAUGGAGAUGCCUACGGUCAGCACGUUCUCUGUACCUGCUGGACACAAAUGUGCACCCUUCUCCCUCCAGCCUGGGCUACUCCCUUCCUGGUUCUUCCUUCUAACCUUAAACCAGCUGGUGAGCAUUGCCCUGGCCACACUUUCUCCAUGAUUUUGCUCAAUUCUACUUAUGCAUCAACCAUUUCAACAGCAUGAAUAUGGUUCUGUACAGUGAUAUAGAUGGAGAUUUCUAAGAUAUUCUAUGUGUGAUUUCUGUUCCCCACUAGGUUCUACGUGCCACGAAAGCAUGGUUGGGUCUCCCUUGUGUCCUCUACAGUGUAGAAAUUUGUGCUGCUCAGAGCUGUGCCCGGUUUAGAGAAAUUGACUGGAAGCACAUUGCUGAGGGGGGUUUGUUGAAUUGGUUUCUAAGGUUUAUUGAAAUUGAUUUGCUGAAUUUUUCUGCUUGUUCAAAAUGUGAAUUAGGACCUGGUUAGUUUGAAAUGUACCAAAUUCUAUGCCCUUUCUCUUACCCAGCAUCAAAUUGUAGUAAUUCAUUUCACCCCAUUGGACUUAGCGUCAGAGUUUUUAAAGAGAGGAGCUCUAGACUUACAGGUAAUAUGAACAGACAUUGUGGCUGGAGUCCCAGAGUACGGACCAUUGUGAGCUUUGGGGUCAUGGCAAGUCACGGCUCCUACUCCUACAUGUGUCUAGUAGGCAGGACAAAUGCCCUCUUUUACUUUUCAAAACUGACUUAGGUAUUCAUGGACCUUGAUUCCUCCAUAUACAUUUUAUAAUAAAUGCAUGAAAUUGCUCAAAACCUCAUUUUGGAAUUUUGAACGAAUUUGCAACAAAUUUAUAAAUAGGAGAGAACUGACGUUCUUGUGAUUUCUCCCAUGCAUAAACAUGCCACAUCCAUUUUCUUGGGUCAUCUUAUUUUGCCCUUUCAGGGAGUCAUAAAUUUUCAAGACCGAAGCCUUGUAUAUUCUGUUAGAUCAAUUCCUAAUUAUUUUUAGUUGCUGUAAAUGCUGUCUUAUGUUUUAUUACUUUUCUAAUAGGCUAUGGUGGUAGUGAAAUGUUGACCCUCUCAUUAGAUCUACUAGUUUAUCUGUUGAUUCUAUUGUGCUUUCUGUGUAAAUGACUUUUGUCAGCUGUAAAUAAUAUUUUAUUCUCUUUCUUUUCAAUAUCUAUGCUCAUUUAUUUUUUGUGUUUACCCAUUGGUUAGGCCCCUGUGUAUAUUAAACAGUCCAUAGUCAUGAUAGUGAGUAUUCUCAUGCUGUUUCCAGUAUUACAGGGAAUGCUUAGAAAUUAUUUAAGGAUGAUGCCUUCUUGUAACCUUAUUAAAGGCAAUUUUAUAAUUUUUACUAGAAAUGUUUUGACAUUUUUUGUGAUUUUUUUCUGCAUCUAUUGAGACAGUCACAUUCCUUUUGUCUUCACUCCAUUAUAAAGGUGAGUUAUGAAGUUAAUAAAAUUGUUGAUUAUCAUAUCAUC